AUGGUUAGUUUUGAUGUGUCAGUACCGAAUCCAAAAUGCUCUAAACCGGAAUCUCGUGUAGAAUACAUGGAUGGCGUCCCAGUUCAAUGCUUGUACACUGCUUGCUCCCCCGGUUUUACUUGUGAGUACUCCAAAUCCAGAAACAGAGCUCAGUACAUAUGUUGCAGUGAUACAACUGAUUCUGUCGUGGGCAAAGUUCGGAUGUAUCCAAACUCAGAUAUUCCAUUACAAUGCUUUUCGCCUACAGCAUGUCAUAAAUAUCCUGAAACACCAAAUUGCGUUUCAUCUGAUCUUUACGGUUUCAAUGUUUGCUGUUCUACAACCAACUGUUCAUAA